CCUGCCAUACCACAGUGAAUGGAAAUGAUUGUUGUGAGUCAGCCAACUGUGUUAAGCAGCAGAGUUCCAAUCAGCUAAAGAGAGUCCCGGGAAGUUCACUUACAAACACUCUCCCCUCUGACAGAUUGAGUAAUCCAUGUCAGGAUCUCGCUGGAUAACAUCAUCCAAUUCAUCUGAACAUAUCCGUGCUACCUUUUGCCUACCUGUGCAGCAGCAGACAUGCAUGGUUCUGAGGAGAGUGCAUCUGGAACUGUGCUUCAUAGGCUUAUGCAAGAACAUCUCAGAUACGGAACAAGUGGAAUCAGAGGAGGGGUAGAAAACGACAGUUCUCAGAUGCCAAGCAACCUUGCGUCUACAGUAAACCUACUCCUUCAAAAGGAGGGUCAAGUAGCCCAUUCAUAUCAGCUUAUGCCCCUGCAGUCGCAGUCUCGACAGGAACCUCAAGGUCAGGAGCAUCAAGUGGACAGCAGCUCCAUGGAAAAAGCUGGUGGUGUGAGCCAGGAUGCAGGUAGAGCAGUCCAAGCGGCCCAGAUUUUGUCUGGGUUUGACACCUGGAGCUUCCAUUGUAUGAGGAGGCUAAAAUCCAGUCUCAGCUUUACAGAGGACAGCAAAGUCCGAUGGACCCUCAGUCCCAAAUCCCUGGCCACAGCCACCAGAGUCUUCAAAAUCCAGAUGACCUUUCAAACAAUUUUCAACACAAUCAGGACCAGAACUUUCACAAAGAGGGCCAUAAAAACACUGUCCACCAAAGUCAGCAGCAGCACAACCCGGUUCAGCAGAUACAACAGUUGUCAACAAUGUCUGACUGUCCCACAAGCUCACAUUCCUGUCUACCAUUACUUUCUAACACAUACUCACUCUCUUCCCCUCCUUCUCUUUCGUCUUCUUACACCUCUCUCUCAGCGGUUCCCAUGAAGGCGCUUUUGGAGGGUCAAUCAUCGGUCCAGCCAGGAGGCACUGGUGGUACAUUUCUUUGUGAUGAAGGUCUGGCAGAGUUGAAACAGGGUCAUGUUCGCUUUCUAAGUGAAAGGAUCAUGCACCUCAGUCUAGAAUGCAGUGAAGCUAAGCAAUGUUUAGGACCAUCCAAUUCACCUUGCACAGGAGACACUACUCUUUGUGGGGCUGAUAAUACAGCAGAUUCUCUCUCACUAACUAGUAAGACCUCCAUGAGUACCCUACAACUUCCACCACCACCCUUAAACCCUCCACAGUGGACUUUGGAUCAAAGAGGUCCUCCCCCAGAAUAUCCCUUUAAAUUCAAGUUACAGACUAUGACUUCGCCCACAUUACACCCCAACUCGGACUCUCUGGAACAUGGUCACUUCAACAGUGAUACCUUGACAGCAGCCAUGUUGGAGACAGUGCCACUUAGAAAUAUAGCAAGACAGUGCCCUUUGUCUACAUCACAGCACCAAACACAGACCAGUCCCAUGACUUCUGAGACUUGUAUCCUACCCUCACAGGCUUAUCAGCAACAGUAUCAGGCUAUAUCCCUAUCUCAGUCCCUGGCAUUUCCUCCAGCUCAGCCUGGAUCUGUGACUCAGGGGCUGUUUUCUUGUGUGGCCCCUUUUGGACAGCCUUUCCCAGGGGAAACAUUUGCCAUGGUAAGCCAUGCCAAGCAGAUGCUGGAGAACCUAAAAGAAGAAAACCAAAGACUUAGACAAGAACUUCACAAGCAAAAUGAGAAGGCCAGCAAACUACAGCGGUUGGAGGCGGAGACUGUGCACCUGUCAGAGGCAUAUGAGAGUUCAGUGAAGAGCUCAUCCAAACGGGAUACUCUGGAAAAAACUAUGAGGAAUAAACUAGAGGCAGAGAUCAGGCAUCUUCAUGAUUUUAACAGAGACUUGAGAGAUCGUUUGGAAACAGCCAAUCAACAGCUAGCCAGUCAGGACAUGAAGGGACAAGAUGACGGACACUUGUAUCUUUCACAGAGAAAAGAAAGCCUGAAAGAACUGGAAAAAUUAGAGAUAGAGGCAGCCAGUCUCCAAUCAGCCAAUGAGGAUCAGCAACGACACAUUGAGAUCUUAGAGCAGGCUUUAAAUAAUGCUCAGAGUAAAGUCCUCAAACUAGGGGAAGAGUUGAGUAAAAAGCAGAAGUAUGUGGAGCGGGUGGAGCGGUUGCAGCAGGCACUAGCACAACUCCAGAUCGCAUGUGAGAAACGUGAGCAGCUGGAACAACGUCUACGUACUCACCUGGAGAGAGAACUGGAAUCAUUGCGAACACAACAGCGUGCUGGUGUAGGUGUUCCCCUUAGUGUGUGUGAGUCCAGUGCUCCUGCACUACUGGAUCUGCUAAGGGAGAGAGGGGAAAGGAUUCUGGGAUUGGAGGCUGAUAUGACACGAUGGGAACAGAAGUACUUAGAAGAGAGUGCAAUGAGACAGUUCGCCAUGGAGGCCGCAGCUACGGCCGCAGCACAGAGGUCAUUGCACGCACAUGCACGUUUACACAGGAUGAAGGACUUACAUGCUCAGUUGCUGGAGAAAGAUGCCAUGAUUAAAGUCCUACAACAGCGUUCCCGUCGAGAUCCCACUCCUCUGCGUCCUGCCCGCUCUGUGCCCUCCAUUUCCAUAGCAACUGGACUACACACACGUCACUCAUCACAGACCGAUCACAGAGAUGUUCUCCUGGGAAAACAACAAGCAGAGCACAUCCUUCCCUCUCUGCCCUCUCUUUUGGUCUCUGUCUCUUCAUCUCUCCCUGCCUCCUCUCUUCCUCCAUCAUUCUCCUCCUCUCUACCUUCCUCUUUUCUUCCCUUCUUGGCCUCCACAGGUUCAAAAACAUCAUUAAUAACCUCAUCCUCCUGUGUUCCCCGUUCCAGCACUUCCUCUCUCCCUCCCUCUUCUUCUUCCAUAUUACCCUGGCCCUCAUCUGGCUCUCUUCAGCCUCCUUUAUCAUUCCCUCUCCCCUUCACUCCUCUCCUGUCUCUUCAUUCUAAAUCUGCCAGCAGAGACAGCGGCAGUCAAACAGGACUUAGUCCAAAGAUAUUUAGUGCUGCAACCUCCACAAUACAAGAAAAGACAGAAUCUCCAUCCAGCCAGGCUAAAGGCCUAGAAGGUCGAGGACAGAAGAUGCCCCUGCCUGACCUAGAUCUGGUGGAGAUCCUUAUCUGAAAGAACAACCCUGGAAGUAGCAUUCUUACAGACAGGACAGCGCUUAAGAAAGAGUGAGGGAG